AUGACAUGGGAUCCAUUGGAGAUGAAGUGAUAACCUUGAAUAUGAUAAAAAGUGCUCCAGUUGGUCCUGUAGCAGGAGGUAUUAUGGGAUGCAUAAUGGUGUUGGUUCUUGCGGUCUAUGCCUAUCGUCAUCAGAUCCAUCGCAGAAGUCAUCAGCAUAUGUCUCCACUUGCAGCCCAAGAAAUGUCAGUCCGCAUGUCCAACCUGGAGAAUGAGAGAGAUGAAAGGGAUGAGGACAGUCAUGAAGACAGAGGAAUCA